AUGGCGCAACAACAACAUCAGCAGCCUUCAACGCCCGCCGGCACCGGUAAUUCCAUCUUUGGCGGGCCCGCUCACCUCCAACAGCCCGCCGGCCUCCUCGCUCAGUCUUCGUUCUCGUCCUUCUCGACAGCACUCACACCUGCUUCGGCCGCAUCGUCGAACAAUACCUACAUCAUGCCGAACUCGCCGCUCAAGCACCGCGCCGCCAUGGACGGCUACCGUCCCAAAGUCACACGCACUCUCGGCCAGCGCCCGGCCUGUCUCGUCAAUGCCUCAGUGACGUAUUGUGGUAACAACCAGAUUUAUGCCUUCGGAGGCUUUGACCAGUACACCGACGAGGUUUACAAUCAUGUGUUGCGACUGGAUCUUGUCAGCCACCAGUGGAACCUGGUCGAUAACUACGGGGACAUCCCCGGUGUUCGGAUGGGCCACACGGCGACGCUGUACAAGGGAGACAAGCUGUUGGUUUUUGGAGGCGAGAACGAACAUCGAACUUAUCUCUCGGAUCUUAUCAUCUUUGACUUGAAGACUGCCCACUGGACACAGCCACAAGUGACGGGACCUAUUCCCAAAGGCCGCGCUCGCCAUGCUGCUGUGCUACAUGAGGACAAGCUCUUUAUUGUGGGUGGUAUAACAGGCCAUGACAACUAUGUGUUGGACGACAUAUGUUAUUUGGAUCUUAAGACUUUCACCUGGUCCAAGUCGUGGCGUUUUGUUGGGCGGUUCGAUCACUCUGCAUACAUUUGGAGUGACAGGGUCUGGGUGUUUGGUGGCUUGAGUGAAGAUAUGGACAAGGUUAGUGACCUGUGGUGGCUGGAUCUCAAGGGCAACCCAGCGUUUGAGUCUCCUCCACAUAUCGGCACCCUCGAUCGAUCCGGUUUAUCUCGAAGUGCGGCAUCACCACGGCCAUCGUACCCUUCCGUCCAGUCUACAGCUGUGGGCUCUUCCGGUUAUGCUGCCAACUCUAGGACUGCACAGGUCAACCCACCGUCAUUUCACCUGAAGACAUAUGCGCCACAAGCACCCGGGGCCAUUUCUGCGCUCAAGUUUGUCAGCGGCCCUAAUGUCCCAUCUCAGAUGCAAGGCAUCCAUUUCCAUGUCUACUCCUCAGGAACACUCCUGGACUUUGUAACACCAGCAGCUACGAUUACGUCAAAAGAAUGCUCACUAUCAGCCUUAGAUUUGGCAGCCUUACGGUGGCAGAAGCUUGCAGAAGGCCGAGAGAUAUUCAAGCCAGGCUAUCGGUGGCAUUACUGCACUAUGAAUGAAGAUGGCACGAAAGCAUGGCUGCUCGGCUGCCCUACCGAUCCAGGGGCUAUUGAUCUCGGGGCUAAUGGCCUGGAGGAGUAUCUUUCGGACAUUAUGGAAAUUGAUCUGCGGCGCUACGGGUUCCUAGGAAACAACAUGGCUCCAGAGCCUCGCACCACCCGCCCGUCCUCCCGCACCCGGCACGUCGAAACACCUUCCAAGGGCCUUGGUGAUGAUCUGGCGAAGCUCUUCAACCAGCCCCCAGAAUCAGGCAGCGGCACGGAUUUCAUCGUCACCGCGCUCUCGAGGGACUUUGACGAGGAAGAGGUUAUGGGCUCGGCACUCGUCCACGCCCAAGUAGACUCUGUCGGCGACACGGACCCCGACCAGACCUGGCUGUCACCAGACACGCCUACCUCCCCACCCAUCCACGUUCAUCGGCUCAUCCUCCAAGCCCGUUGGCCGCACUUUGCCCGGCUGUGGUCUUCUCAGAUGGCCGAGUUUCACACCAAAAAAAUGCACAUUCCUGAACCAUACUCUGUCGUCAAAGCAUUCUUGUACUACCUCUACACUGACCGGAUCGAUCCGCCUGAUCAAAACGGCAACGAAACCACUGCCGACUUGGCUGAUGUAGCGGGCUUGUUGGUCAUGUCGAAUAUUUACAACAUUCCUCACUUGAGACUGUUGUGCGUGAAUAGAUUGUCAAAGGAGCUGGAUGUGGAUCAUGCGUGCAUUAUCUGGUAUUGCGCGGGGUUGUCGAACGAGGAGUGGUUGAGGAAGCGGGCAGCGAACUUUUGUAUGACGCACUGGGGGAGGAUCGUGAGGACGGUUGGGUUUCAGCGGUUGCCGAGGAAUGCGCUGGUGGAGCUGAGCCAGGAGGUGGAUAGUGAGGGGAGGGUGGUGGCGGGCGAGGAACUGGAUAUGAUGCAGGUUGGGUUUGGGGUUGGCGGAAUUGAUAGGGGGGGGGGGCUGGGGAGGAAGGAUAGUGUGGGGAGUGGGGGGAGUGAUCAAGAGGGUGGGAGAGGGGUGAUGGAGAGUGAUGGGCAUGAGGAUGGAGAGGAAGAGGAGGAUGGGAUGGAGAUGAGUUAG